AUGGGAGGUCGGCCGAAGCUAUCUUAUGAGAGCGCACAGGUCAGCAGAGAGCAGUUUAGUCACUUAUUCGCGGCACUGGCAGCUGCCUCGCCACCAAAACCCGACUCUAUCAAGGAAGAAGUUGUCCAGAUCACUCCCGAGCGGUACGUAAAGAUCUACACCCCCGCGCAGGCGUCUGGACAACUCCCUGUUGGACUCUACGUCCAUUCCGGCGGCUGGUACGCUGGUGCAGUCGAAUUCGAAGAUGGACUGUGCCGCGACAUUGUUCAGAGGUCGAACAUCAUUCUCUUCUCACCAGAGUACGGCUUAGCUCCUGAGAACCCUUUCCCUGACGGUCUGAACGAUGUCUGCAAAGCAUAUGAGUGGAUGCACGAAAACGCUUCGAAGUAUGGCGGCGAUCCGACUCGGAAAGCCGUCAUGGGUGGGUCCGCAGGAGCCAAUCUGUCGGCUUGUGUUGCGGUCAAAUACGCCUCUGAUCAUGCCUUGCGGCCUUCGGCUAUCUUACUGGGCGCCAUGGCAUCGUGUGACCCACGAGCGCUUCCCGAUGAGUAUCGACGUCGUUUGACACCUGAGAAGUACAAGGAUCUUCCAAUGAUUUCAACGCAGGAUAUGAUCACAGCUCGAGAAUGGCUCAAUGCUCCCCCAGAUGACCCUCUACACUCGUGCCUUCUACACCCGAGUGUCAAGCUCCUGCCUCAGACCUACAUUGCGGCUUGCACAAACGAUCCUACUUAUCAGGAAACCAUGUUCUUCUACGAAGAGUGCAAGAAGCACGGCGUUGUCGUAGAAGUCAAGGAAUUUGUCGGUUGGCCGCACUUCUUUUGGGGAAUUCCUACUUUAGCCGCCACCGAAGUCUUUCAGAGUGUCUGGUGUCAGAAGCUCAAUGAGAUGCUCGAGACGGCGGCUGCCUCAUAG